AUGGCGAAUGUUCGCCCAUAUGAGUCCUUGAAAUUGUACAUUGCAGCAUCUACAAACACAAUUGGGUGUAUGUUAGCCCAAGAUGAUGAGAAUGGACAUGAACGGGCGAUUUAUUACCUUAUUCGAGUUUUGACCGAUAUCGAGGCAAGGUAUUCCCCAGUAGAAAGAUUGUGUUUAUCCUUAUACUAUGCAUGCAUGAAAUUAAAGUGUUAUAUGGUAGCUAAACCUGUCAAAGUUGUUGCACAAACUGAUCUUGUCAAGUACAUGUUGAGUUUUCCAAUGUUACGAGGUUGUUCGGGAAAAUGGAUGUUAGCUUUGCCAGAAUUUGAUUUGCAGUAUGUCCCUGGGGCAAAUGUACUCGACGUUAAAGUCGAUUAUUGGAAGUUAUAUUUUGAUAGAUCGAAGCACAAGGAUGGUGCAGGGGUAGGAAUUCUCAUUGUGUCACUAGAAGGAAUCCCAUCAGAAUUUUUGUUCGAGCUAAAGUAUCCUUUCUCGAAUAAUAUGGCAGAAUAUGAGGCUUUGAUUUUAGGCUUGGAAAUCUUAAUUGGGAAAGGUGCUUUGGAAGUCCAGAUCUUAGGGAAUUCUCAAUUGGUCUUGAAACAAUUGUCAAAGGAGUUCAAGUGUAACAAUGAGACGUUGCAGAAAUAUUUUGCAACGGCUUGGGAAUUGUUAACUUCUUUUCGAAAAGUCUCACUGGUCUAUAUCCCAAGGAUCCAGAAUGAAAUUUCUAAUGAGUUGGCCCAGAUUGCUUCAAGGUAUAGGAUAGGCGCAGAAACAUUAAAAAAGUUGGCAAAUAUCCGCCAAAUAUUGGUGCCUAUGGAUGAAAGAGAUGUUUAUGUGUGGAUAAUUGGGAAGAUAAUGAUUGGAGGAAACCCAUUGCUGUGUAUUUAA